AUGACACUGACAAGUGAACUCGAUAUCGCGAGAUAUAAAGCUUCGGCGGUUCCAGAAUCUAACAUAUGGUUAAAUACACUUCCCUCUAAAACCAUUGGAUUGUUAUUGGACAACAAUACGUUUCGUAUUUCCAUCAGCUUACGCCUUGGAACAAACAUUUGCGUUCCUCAUACUUGCAUUUGUGGUACGCAAGUAGACAGCAGUGGAAUACACGGACUAUCUUGCUCGAUGAGCGCAGGUCGACAUUCUCGACACUCAUCUUUGAAUGAAAUAAUACAUCGUUCACUUGCAUCGGCAAAAUACCCUGCUAUGUUGGAACCUGUAGGCCUAAGACGUGACGACAAUAAACGUCCUGAUGGAAUGACCCUUGUGCCUUGGACCAAAGGACAAAUGCUAGUUUGGGAUGCCACAUGCACCGACAGUCUAGCACCAUCCCAUGUUAAUUUAUCAAGUAAAACGGGUGGUGCAGUAGCUGAAUCUGCGGCAGUAGAGACUUUGGGACCUUGGUGCAGAGAGGCUCGUAAUUUUGUGGAGUGUUUAGGAAAACGUAUUGCCAGUAUUACUGGAGAACCUCGAGCUACUAGUUAUUUAAGACAAAAAAUCAGUAUUGCUAUACAACGUGGCAAUGCGGCAAGUGUAAUGGGGACGCUUCCAACUGACUGGAUGGCUAAGGCCCAUUUGGUGAGUUUUCAGGUGAGUGACUUGAGGACGAAGAACCAUUUUAGCGGUUGGUGGUUGGUGGCUAGGGUGAUUCCCCUUCCACGUAGCCUCGGUGAGUACCCAUACCACAGAGAGGGCUUCGCGUUCCGUGGUGGAAUAAUUCCUCUCGGCGGAACUGACCAAGCGGCUGGCAUACUACACUGGUCGUUCGUCUGA